AAUGUAUACGGUGUGUUGUCGAAUUUUCACUGAAAAGCUAGACAACGUAAGCUAGUAGUUAUCUCAAAAUUUAUGCUCGUUUACAUAUUUCUUUUCCUGUGGACAUUUCGAGUGAGGUGUUCGUUACAGAUUCACUAUCAUUUUGAAAAAUUAGCGAUUUUAAUUUUUCAACUUCUUUGUACAAUUUGGUGUCAACAUGAAUGAAAUUUCAUUAUGAAGCUGAAAUGAAAAAAUAAUGACUUGAAUAAUGACAUUCCAUAUUCAAUAGGUACUUCUGCGUGUUGACAGUUAAAGAUGUUUUUAUAACAAAUAUAAUGUCCCUUAUCAUCGAAGAGCAUUCUGAAGAAUCGGAAUGGAUUACGACACGUGUCAACAAAAUGUGGAAAAAUUUCGAUGGAGACUUUAUAAAACAUUCCAUAGAACCCAUCGUCUUUUUUUACGCGAUUUCAAAAAUUCUGUUGGACAUGAUAACGCCGAACGCCAUUGAACUGCAAUACUGCUAUUCAACUCUGAACGUAUCGAAAGAAGACUGUUUUAAUCAAUCUAACGAUUAUUUUGGUCAAACGCAAAAAGUCGUGGCUGAAUUGAACAUAAUUCGAGCAUGUUUCGAAUCAUUUAUGCCAAUAAUAGUUCUAAUUUUAGUCGGCCCUUCCAUUGAAAUCUACGGUCACAGAUUACUGAUGUUGAUAUCUACAUUCGGUUGGUCAAUCGCAGCAUUUUGUUGGGCAUUGGGUUCCUAUUUUCCAUAUUUUAGUCCUUAUUACACGAUAUUGUUUGGUAUACCGAUGAUGAUAGGUGGAGAACCACUAGCAGAAUUCAUCUGCGAUUGUUAUACAUGUCAUAUAACUUCAACGCAAAAUAGAAGCUUCAGAUUUGGUAUGGUUUCAGCCUCAUUUUUCACCGGGUACCUGGUUGGUUCUUGGUUAUGUUCCAUAACCGAGAAUUUCAGUUAUUCGUUAGGAUUUUUGCUAAUGACAAUUUCCAUAUGUUGUGCAUUCCUGUAUACUUAUUUUGUACUUGAAGAACCUCACACUUUCACCAAAAUCGUGGCGAUAUCAAGAAGAGAAUCAUUCAACCUACGACCCUACAAUUUUAGAGAAAUAUUUCCAUCUUGUUUCACUAAAUUAACAAAUCGAAUGAGAAUUGUAAUCGUAACUUUAUGUAUAGUACAUAUUUUAUGCAUAAGCUUCAUAGUAGGAACUAGAUCAAUUGAGUACAUGUAUCUACAAAAAACUCAAAAUUGGACUCUAAGUAUGUACAGUAAUUUGAUGGGUUUUUCUAUUUUAGCUCAUUGUGCUGUAGCCUUUAUUGGUAAUUGGUGGCUGAAUGUGAAAUUAAAACUGAGUGAUUUGCACAUAUUGAUUAUAAUUUCGAUCAGCCAAUUUUUUUCCAUGUUGGUUUUCGCCAACAGCACCGAAACUUGGCAAAUUUACUGUUGUAAUAUUUUGAAAAGCUCAUAUGGUUUAUUUGUGCCAACGGUUAAAUCGUUUUUAUCUAAAGCUGUCUUCAAAGAAGAUAUCGGAAAGAUUAUAACAACGAUCAUUAUUUUGGGACAAUUAUCCACAUUUAUCGGACAAAUCAUCUUCAAUACUCUUUACAGAGAAGCUUUAUCUACGUCUCCUUCGAUGCCAUUCAAUAUAGCAGCAAUCAUGGCAUACGCAAUGUGUUGUAUAAUUCUAUUAGCCAAUGAGUUGAAUAAAAAAGAAAUAGUAAAGGACUAUGACAUAAUAAUGUGAAAAACAGAAACACAUUGAUUUUUCUUGGAAUGCCGAAUCUAAUCUGAUACACUAACUAAUCAUGGCGGGAAAAAAACCAAAGGAAAACUUUUAAAAAAAGUGAAAAUUACCUAUUUUAAAUCCCCUCAUUUUUCAACUAAAAUUAUUAUAAUAUGACUAAUAUGAGAAUUUUCUCAAUCGUUUCGACUUCAAAUAAAAUUUCUAUCAAUUUUUUCCAAUUUGGAGAGGAGGAAUGCCAGGGGUGCUAACCUUAAUUAUUUUAAUUAAGGUUACGGUUUCACUCCAAUUUUUUUGUUGACAUUUUUCGGUUUUGAUUUCGGUUUCGGUUUUGAAAUUCAAAAUUUCGGUUUCAGUUUGGGUUUCGGUUUUACUCACAAAAAUUCCGGUUUUGGUUUCGUUUUUCGGUUUUUUUGGGUUUCACAUAUUUUUUUAAAAAAUUUCUUCGCAACCCAAACAGCAACAACCAAGGACCCAAUUUGUUAGGUUCAGUUCAUUAUAUUUAUCAAUUUCCCUGGAUUUCGACUUUCGAGUCUCAAAAGUCAAAAAUUAGAAAAAAUCUCCCCAAAAAAAUAAAAAAACCGAAAAAAACCCAACAGAAAACCUUAAAAAACCGAAAAAAACCCAAACUGAAAACCGAAAAAAACCGAAAUAAAUUAUAUCGGUUUAGGUUUCGGUUUCACUCACGCUGCUUCAUUAUUUUUGUUCUGGUUUUUUACGGUUUUUAAAAAACCUAUGAAAUUUCGGUUUUUGUUUUCAGUUUGGGUUUGAAAAUGGCUAAAAUUAUGGGUCUUGUUUGGGUUUGGGUUUGGGUUUUCGGUUUUUUGCGGUUACGGUACGGUUAGCACCCCUGAGGAAUGCUCACUUCACUUUGCUUCUGCAUCUGCACAAAAAAAUUUGAUUCAAUUCAAACUUCGGCUGAUUUUAUUCAUGCUGAAGAACAAAAAUCCGAUCAUGGUCACUGUGAGUGUUCGCCUGUUCGGUCAGGUGGUUUUCAAAAAACCUCCAUUCGUCAAUCAUAGCAUAUCUAGGAGUCAGUAGGUAUAAUUAAAAUUUUCGUGGCUUUAAAUUUAAAAUUACUUUGCUCAGUUUUGAGUUUGUAAGGUCUUAUGUCUUAAAAAUUUUUCAAAUUUUCAAAUUUUUUCGAUAACAAGAAUGAUAAUUUUUUCGAAGCAUUGAUCUGGUCACACUGAUUCACUGAUUGAACUUGAUUUUUCCGAAACAAUAAAAAAAAGUUUUUUUAAAUAUUGAACUUAUUUUUCGAGGAAUUUAAUCAAUUUUAGUUCGUUGAUAAAUAAAUUUAGUUUAUUAAAAAAACACUGAUGAAUAUUUUUAUGGUGAGUUUGAAGUAAAAAUUCAAAAUUUAAUGCAGUCCAAAGUUUCUUAUCAUUACAAUGUUACGACGCAUCAAGUUCUGCGCAACGUUUAUUUUGUCUUUUCCUCUUUUGUGUAUUUUUUUUUCAGCAGCUGAUAAAAUUUUAUGUAAUAUGUAAUUAGAAUGUAAUUAGAAUUAGAGUAAUUAUUGUGUAACAAUAAAAAGAAAAAGAAUUUAAUUUUUAAUCGCAAACAAUAGUACAAAGACUGCGUGUCUAGUGAUAACAACUUCAAGCUAGACGAGUGAGUCGUUGGAUUGAUAUUUU